UCUGUCUUCUUUUUGGCGGGAACCGCCAUGAGCGACGCUGGAGCGGCGAGGAUUUCAGGUGGAAGUUUGGACCCCACCGCCCAGGAGUUUCGACCUAGGACGACAACAACAUCAUGUCCCCCAAAUCCAAUCCAUUUGCAUAUGGUCCAACUCCAACCUCAAAUUUAUUAUUCCUAUUCUACCCCUCUACCCGAAUUCCAGCUCUUCCCCUCCUUCUACCACCACCACCCUUUUCCAUCUCCAUCUCCUCCACCGCCUCCGCCGCCUCCGCCGCCGCCGUCUCAACCUCCGCCGCCGUCACAGGCGCCGACACGAGCGCUUCUACUGACAUCCGUUCCUCACAACGUCAGCGAGUCGGAGGUUAGAAGAGAAUUGGAAAUCUUCGGGGAUGUAAGGGCGGUUCAAAUGGAACGUUUAUUGAGAGAGGGAAUCGUGACUGUUCAUUUCUACGAUUUGAGACACGCGAGGUCUGCUCUAGAUGAGAUUCGAAGUCAGCAUAUGAUGCAACAGAGCCGGUUAAGGCAUCAUUUUGAGUCCUUGUUUAUACAGAAUUCGAUUUUCGCUCUCCAAUCACCUCCACCUCCUCCUCCCCUUCCUCCGUCGGCUCCCGGACUAAUUUCCGGUCAUGCCGUGUGGGCCCAGUACACGAUUCCUGCGGCGGCUGAACUUCCAGACGGGCUGAAUCAGGGUACUGUCGUGGUUUUUAAUCUCGACCCUAAUGUCUCCACCGCUAAUCUCAGAGAAAUUUUCCAAGUAUUCGGUUCGGUGAAGGAAUUGAGGGAGACGCCAAUGAAGCCAAACCAGAAGUUCGUGGAGUUUUACGAUGCUCGAGACGCGGCGAGGGCGCUGGCGGUGAUGAACGGAAGUGAAAUUCAUGGUCGGCAGGUAGUGAUAGAAUUCAGUCGGCCUGGUGGGGGAUAUGGAAGGAGAUCAUUUUCUAAGCAUCAGAAUAAUUACCACCCGUUAAUUAAUUCUAGGAAUUCAUCAAGAUUCUCUCCGCCAUCACCACCGCCCCCUCCGCCGCCCCUAUUGCGUUCACCUCCUCCUAGGUUUUCAUUGAGAAAUGCGGAGAUUGUCACUACCGGUACUGGUCCUGGCGAAGAAGAAGAUGAAGAAGACCAAAAGAUUAAUUUCGGGAAAUCAUCUUCUGCUGCUUCUAAUAAGAAGAAUGCAAAGAAAUGUCAAAGCAACACGAUGAUGUCCAAGGAGUCUAACAAGGGGUUUAAAGGGGGUAAGAAUUUGGAUCCUCGUUUUCUCAUAGAUGAAGACGCGAUCAUGGACCCAAGCAAUUGCAGAGAUCCUAGGACCACUGUCAUGAUCAAGAAUAUACCCAACAAAUACAGUCAGAAGCUGCUAUUGAAUAUGUUGGACAACCACUGCAUUACCAAUAAUGAGAAGAUUAGCAAAGCUGCUGCUGCUGCUGGUGGUGGAUGCGGCGGCGGCGGAGGAGGAGAAGCUGGGGAUGGGGGGGACCAACCUUUUUCUGCAUAUGACUUUAUAUACCUUCCCAUCGAUUUCACAAACAAGUGCAAUGUGGGAUAUGGGUUUGUCAACAUGACAACCCCACAGGCGACUUGGAGACUCUACAAAGCAUUUCACCAUCAAAAUUGGGAGGUCUUCAACUCCAAGAAAAUCUGUCAAGUUACUUACGCCAGAUUGCAGGGAGUGGAAGCACUGAAGGAUCAUUUCAAGAACUCCAAGUUUCCAUGCGAGUCUGAAGAUUACCUUCCGGUCAUCUUCUCGCCGCCUCGUGACGGGAAACUGUUGUCGGAGCCUCUCCCCAUUGUCCAUCUUUCUUCUUCUUCUUCUGACUGUACUACCAACUCCAAACAGCCUGCAGCUGCUGUAGCCUCCAGUGAUUUCCCAGCAGAAAUGAAUGCUCAGAGGGGGGGCGGCGGCGGCGGCGGCGGCGGCGGCGAGAACGAUCAUGAUGAUGACGAUGAGUGUGAUAGCCCCAAGGAAGAGGAGGAGUAA